AAUUUAUUUCCUGAUUCUUUCAAAUACAGCCACCCAUCUACCAAUGAAAUCUUUGGGAUCUGAUUGGAUGUUGGCCAAUACCAAGGUUUCUGGAUUCUUCAGGGUCAACUAUGACAUGAGUAACUGGGACCGGCUCCUCACCCAGCUCAGCGCAGACCAUGAGGUCAUUCCAGUGAUCAACAGAGCCCAGGUUGUGGAUGAUGCUUUUAACCUGGCUAGGGCGAGGAUAGUCAGCACUAUACUGGCUCUGAGAACCACCCUAUUCCUUCAGAGGGAGAGAGAGUACAUGCCCUGGCAAACAGCUGACAGGAACCUGGGCUACUUCUUCCUCAUGUUCGACCGCAGCGAGGUCUACGGACCCAUGCAGGCUUACCUCAAUAAACAAGUCACGCCUCUUUUCAACCACUUCAAGACUAUCACUGCUGACUGGACUAAGAUUCCUGAGAAACACACUGACCAGUACAACCAGGUGAAUGCCAUCUCUAUAGCCUGCAGUACAGGAGUAGCAGGCUGUGAGGAGCUGACUACAGGCUGGUUCAAAGACUGGAUGAAAACGCCCGAGAACAACAGGAUUCACCCCAACCUGAGGCAGACGGUGUACUGCAGCGCCAUCGCAGCAGGAGGGGUGGAGGAGUGGGACUUCGCCUGGAGGAUGUACAGAGAGGCUUCCAUUGCCUCUGAGGCUGACAAGCUGAUGUAUUCCCUGGCCUGCACCAGGGAUCCCUGGUUACUGAACAGGUAUCUGAACUACUGUCUGGAUCCAGAGAAGAUUCGGAAACAGGACGCCACAUUCACCAUUGUGUACAUUGCUGGUAAUGUUGUGGGCCAGUCUUUGGCUUGGGACUUUGUCAGAACCAACUGGAACCACUUAUUUAAUGAUUAUGGAGGGGGAUCGUUGUCCUUCGCACGGCUCAUUGAUGGAAUCACCAGGCGCUUCUCCUCAGAGUUUGAACUGAAACAGUUGCAGCUGUUCAUUGAGGAGAAUGCAGAGCAGGGUUUUGGUUCAGCCACACUAGCAGUGGACCAGGCCCUGGAGAGAACCAAAGCCAACAUGAAGUGGGUUGCAGAGAACAAGGCAGAUGUCUACAAAUGGUUCACUGAUAAUUCAGCAUAAACUUAUUUGUGGACUGUUUGGAGUUUCAAUUCAUUUGUGGAGAAUGCAAGCAUUUAGUGUUUCAUCAUGUGGAAUUCAUGAUUUUUCUGAAAUGUUUGCAGAUAAUUUUUACCCAGAACCAAUAAAGUUUACAUUGUAAAUAUA